GGAGGGGCAGACAGCGUUGUUGUAGGCAAUCUCAGCAGCAGAAAGGAGCUGGUCCCGUAUUCCUUGAAGAGAUUUCUCCAAAAGUGUGAGAGGAAUCGGGAGUCACGAUCGCUGAUGAUGUUUUCUGGGAGACCAUGAUGACGGGUGACGUGGUCGAAGAAGAGUUUGGCGACUUCCUCGGCUUGGCAGGUAGUGGUGCAAGGGAUGAAAUGGGCGUGCUUGGUAAGGCGGCAGAGAACGACAUAGAUGCAAUCGUGACCAUGGUCGGUCGUGGGGAGACCACAUAUGAAGUCCAUGGACACAAAUUGCCAGUGGUGGUUGGGUAUGGGGAGAGACUGGAAUUUGCCGCCCUUAGCUUGGUUGGAGGGAUUGACGGCUUGGCAAGUAGUGAAAGAGCGGAUGUAGGCUUCGACGUCGGCAAGGAGCGAGGGCAAGUAGAGGCGACAAGUUCCUUUGGUGUCGAUGUAGAGGAGAUGGUCGAUGCAGGAGUAGUCAGGAACAGUGUCAAGGUCACAGAGUUUGGCGUAGGUAAUGGCAAAGUCGGGGCAGGAGGUGUAGCCAUGGAUGAAGCGAUGUUAGAGAGAUUGGGGGAGGUUGACAUGUGUCAUGGCAUCAAAGACUUUCUCAGGGGGCUUAUGACCGGGUCGGCGAAAGAGGGCAUUGGCAACACGAUUGGUCUUGCCGAGAGUAUGUCAGAUGGUGAAGGAAAACUGGACGAGAAAGUCCAGCCAGCGGGCCUGACAAGGGGUGAUAUCCUUUUUGGAGAGGAUAUCGGAGACGACGGUGUUGUCGGUGCGAAUGGUGAAGUACUGGCCAUCGAGGGCAUGGUGCGGCAAUUGGGCAAUGAGAGGGGUGGAAGAGGGAGUAGGUGGGUGGGACCCACCGGUGGUGACCAUUGGGAUGGGGUGGUAGACGCUGGGGUGGCGGAUGGACCGAUGGAGGAAGUGGAGAUAGAAGCGGUGGAGGUGGGGGUGGCGAAUGGACCAGCGGUGGAAGUGGAGGUGGGAGUGGGAGUGGGGAGAGGAGGACGUGGGGCCAGACUAGAACCCGACGUGGAAGUGGGAAUCGUGGUGGUGACCAUUGGGAUGGAAGGGGUUGAUGUUUGUGCCAUGUUAUCUAUCCGGCUGGAGAGGCCGAAGAUGGAGGUUGCGAAGGAGGAUUGGAGGGCACGGAUGGUGUCUUGCAUGGAUUGCAUCAUGGUGAGCAGGGAGAUGGUGGUGGCGGUGGCUUCAGUUGUGGGUUGUUCUGCCGUGAAGUCCCGAAGCAAGCUGUCUAUAGAUGCGGUGUCAAUGCCGCUCAUGUUGAUGGUCAAGGAACCAUUUGCCAUUGUGGAGGGAGAGGCCGGGGGCGAGAAGUCCAGCGGCCUUGUCCGCGGGCAUGCAAGGAGAAAGUUCAGCAGGACGUCACGUGCAAGGUCGCCUCUCGACGUCGAAUUCAUGGCAGAUAUGCAGAGGAGAUUGCCUCUGCUGCUGCUCGUGGUGGUCGUCUUCCUCUUUGUCGUCUUCCUCCACGUGUGCUUGUCGUGCCGGCCGUGGAAGCAACGUCGAAAGCGCAGGGCGUCGACGAAACGCGCUGUGCUUCAAGAGGAACGUCCCAUGGCAGGCAUGAAGGCACGCGCUAUUCUGCUUGCAGCUGAGGGCGGAAGAAGACCUGCGACGACGGAGCCUUCACGGCGGUACGACCCGUCCAUGUACAGCCAUCUGCCGUCGUGGGAGACGCCGCUGCUUCCCUCGGACGAGGAGCCAGAGGGGGAUGAACUUCCAACGUUUCCUCUCGCCAGCGGGUCGACGCAGCCGUUGUCGCAGACGGUGCUCGUACGCGGGGCGACGAGCAACGAACGAGGCGAGUACAAGUCACUCCUGCAGCAAGGGUUGGGAGACGACGACGACGGGGGAGUUGAUCUCCGGUUCGGCUUGAGUUCUGGCGGUGCUAGGGAGGCGAGCCGCACGGUCAUCACCGCCGCCCAUGCUUCCGCACGUGGCCUGCAGCAGCCUCGAAGGGAGCAGACGGGACCUUCCACAGUACGUGGCGGCGCGUCUGUCGUUGGCGGUGUCGGGUCUUUGCCAGCAGCCCAGCAGCAUGUAUCGACAGCAUCCCUACGCACCAGCGGUGCACGCUCGUCAAUGCUGAACCGAACAACGGCCUCGCCACCCGAAGGGAGGGACGAGGGCGCCUGCAGACCACCGACGGGUUCAGGAACCAGUGUGGAGAACAUCACUCGAGGCGUGUCGAACAUGCGGGCACACAGCGAUGGCGGCGACGACAAUGGCUGUGGCGGUGACGAUGUCGACGACGGAUUCAGGGAGGAAGUCGAAGCGGGGGACGACGACAACGACAAUGCUGUUCGGCCUGUGGGGAAGACGGGUGGUAGGGGUAUUGGACGCAGCAACCGUGGUGGCCGUGGUCGAUCCGUUGGCCGUGGCAGCAGAGGUGGCGUCACCGACGACGGAGGGAAGUCUGCGACGUACUGGUCGACGGACGAGCAGAUGCUCCUCGUCAGAUGCAAGCGGGAGCAGGAGAUUCACAUCGAUGGGCUGGGCCACGAUUACGGCCGGAUGCGAACGAAGGAGUGGAAGUGGGUCGACAUUGCGAAGCGCAUGGCGAACGGUGGGAGCCCUAAAGACGCAGACGACUGCAUGAAGAAAUGGGACAAUUUGUUCCAAAACUACAAGAAGAUACAGAGGUUUCAGAACGCGAGCGGGCGGCCAGAUUUCUUCAAGUUGUCCAACGACGAAAGGAAGGAGCACAACUUCAAGUUCCGGAUGGAGAGGGUGCUGUACAACGAGAUCCACUCCGGCAUGUUGGGGAACCAUAUUAUUUUCCCUCCCAACAUCGCCGACACCGGCAGUCCGGACGGGGUGCAGCUGCCCAGGAGAGGAGCGGGUGGUGGGGAGUCUGUUGAUAGUGAGGGCGAUGGUGACGGCUGCCCUGAAGAAAGAUCUUCUGCAAGGGACUCCGACGUGAACGCUUGCAGUGUUGCCGGAGGCGGGAAGCGUAAGAAUGCGCGCCAACAGGCGCUGGAGUCCAUCGCUGAUGUCAUGGACCGCCAUGGCGAACUGAUGUCGUUGACGAUUGAAUCGUCCAGCAAACGGCAACAUUUCAUCGAGGCGGUGCGACAUACAAGAACGGCAGUGCGACAUACUCGCGCAGGAAGUAGCGGUCCAAAAAGCGCACUAUGCGGCGUCCGACGAGACGCAGAGGAUGAUGUGUCACGCACUUCUGGAGAUCGCUGCCGCCAUCCAUCCGCGGCCAGCAUGUCGACGCGAGGGAGCGCCCAUGGCACGAAGUGCGAUGCCGCAGCCGCCGUCGGGCUUGCGCAAGCGAAAGGUCGGCGCCAUAUCCCGAAAUCGAAGAAGGUGCGCUCCAGUGAAGCGUCAGGAAACGUGCCUGCUCGUGGUUCCGAAGGUUGGGCGGCCGCAGCGGAAAUGGAGUCUGACGACGACUUCGGGAUGGAGGAACCGCAGGCGGAGGCGACGGCAUUGGCGGUGCGACAAAGCGCUCGCCAGCGAGCUUCUGAUCACAGUGCGUCAAAGAGUAUGCUCUCCCCUGCACCCGAGGCGCAGCAGGCGCGUGGCCGCGAUGCACGGAAAGACAAGGCUGCCGUCGUCGUGGCGGAAGGCGAUGAUGACGAGACGUUGGAAAGACGUCGCCAGCGCAAUCUUGCACAAGAUUCCGCAGCCCUGUUGAUGACUACACGCCUCCCGGAAAAGGAAGUCGUGCCAGAGCGGCACGCAAUCGAGGGCGAGGCGGCAGGUGCUGCGGGCGGGACCGCCACAUUGAACUCGGCCCCCGUGGCGACGGCGAGAGAGGAGGCAGCAGCUGCGGCGACGGCGAGAGAGGACGCGCGUGGCGAGAAGACAACCGAUCGGGAGGGCGGCGAUGUUGGUCCGAGCCGGGUGCGCAAGGAAACCAUGAGCAGAGAGCUCAUCGAUCGCGCCCUGCUCUGGGUGGAUGACAAAGCGUUUUGGACGACGAGGGAGGGGCGGAGAUUGUACAACAUCAUCCACGAGACGUGGGCGGCCAUCAUCCACGAGACCGUCAUCCUGCCGAAGUCGAGCACCAGGGUAGCCAGGAUCUCCGACCCAUCGCAGCUGCAACAAGCGAUCUCCCGUGCGGCGAAAGUGGCGAACGUGGCUUUGCGCGUCCAGCACGGUUGGGUUUUCAAGUCCGGCAACCGCGCAAGGGGGUACAACCUGGCUUACCAGUACGCACUGGAGUCCGUAGCGACGGACAUCGCACGUGCUAUGUGGUACGCCGAGGACUGGUCCAACGUCGUCAGCGUGCCCAUCUGCGGCCACACGAUAGAUCUCAACAUGGACUUGCCACUGUGGUUCGCCGACGCCCAUAUCGACGACAGACCCGACGACGACGACAUGGCGGCGUACCAGGAGUCGACCGUCAUCUGCAUCGCCCAAGCAUUCCGCGCGGCGGUGCAGAUGGGAGCGCAUAUUGACGGCGAUUUCAUCUCCUACGACCGUCUUUGUCGGGUGGCUGACUGCUUCAGACUUCUGUUGGUGGCGGCAAUGUGGAUAAUGCGCAUGGCGGGAGACGACUUCCGCAACCACUACGAGGCGUUCUACUCCGUCAACUUGCUGGCCAGGCCUACACUGGUCGCGUCCAUGCAUCGCUCCUUCGACCAUAGACGAUCCGUCGUCCGCGCCGCGAAAGCCGUCACCGAGAGGCUUGGGAAGGCGAACCCCACGUUUGGCGAGCACCCCAACUACAUCCCUCAAUGGGCACCCUGCGGCAUUACUUUCGGCCAAGACCCCAGCGUAACGGGUCCGGAGGAUUGCAAGAGGCUUGAUUGGUUGGGUUUGGGCCCCCCCGAUGACGACGGCGACGACGACAAGAAAGAAGGCGCGUAGGGGGUGGGGCGGCGGUUGUUAUAGUCCUCGAACAUGUCCACGUGGCACAUCGACAUGAGGGGCUUCACCG